ACGCAGCCUUAGCUCCCCGUUCAAGAAAAGAGUGGAGAAUUAGGGCUUUUCGGUUCGCAUAUAUACGGAAUAGCCCUGAGGCGUACCUCUUCGCUGCGACCCAGAUUUCUCUCGUCGAUUACAUCCCAUUUCGUCUCCAUUUCUGCACGAAAUCAUGGGCAAGGGUCCCGGUCUUUACACUGACAUCGGAAAGAAGGCCCGAGAUCUUCUCUACAAGGACUAUCAGAGCGACCACAAGUUCACCAUCACCACCUACUCUCCCACUGGAGUUGCUAUUACAUCAUCUGGAACAAAGAAAGGAGACCUGUUUCUUGCUGAUGUAAAUACUCAGUUGAAGAACAAGAAUGUCACGACUGACAUCAAAGUGGAUACAAACUCAAAUCUUUUUACCACUAUUACGGUUGAUGAAGCUGCCCCUGGAUUGAAAACAAUCCUUAGCUUCAAAGUUCCCGAUCAAAGGUCUGGCAAGUUGGAAGUUCAAUACCUGCAUGACUAUGCUGGGAUUAGCGCAAGCAUUGGGUUGACAGCAAAUCCUGCUGUCAACGUCUCAGGUGUUGUGGGCAGUAAUAUUCUUGCCCUUGGAACUGAUGUCUCCUUUGACUCCAAGACGGGGAAUUUCACCAAGUGCAAUGCUGGAAUAAGCUUCACCAAUGCUGACCUUAUUGCAGCCUUGAAUUUGAAUGACAAAGGUGACACCUUGAGUGCAUCUUACUAUCAUACAGUGAGGCCCAUGACUAACACAGCUGUUGGGGUGGAGGUAAAUCACAGCUUCUCAACCAACGUGAACACCAUUACUUUCGGCACCCAGCACGCAUUGGAUCCAUUGACCACGGUGAAGGCAAGGAUUAACAACUUUGGCAAGGCAAGUGCCCUAAUCCAGAAUGAGUGGCGACCAAGAUCGCUUUUCACCAUUUCUGGAGAGGUAGACGCCAAUGCUAUCGACAAAAGCGCAAAGUUUGGGUUGGCCUUGGCUCUCAAACCUUAGUUGGGCCUUUCGGCUUGCUAGGGUCAGGAGCAACAAAGUUAGCGGUGACAAGCUGGUAUAGUUGUCUGUCUCAAACUUUGUUGUGAUCAGAGCGGUUGAUUAUCAUCCUUCUGGCAGUUUUUGGACCUGUAAAAAUAAUGCAGGAUGGUCUCAUAGAGAUUCGUUUCACUACCAUAUUCUGUUGUUCCCUUUAUCCCUGGGUAACACCCAAACUAAACUGGGAUGAGUACCUGAUAAUUUGAAGAGGUGAGAGCCAUGGACUUUGAAAUUUUGUUCCA